AUGAACCACUUUUUACAUCCCUUAGUUAAUGAACUGCUUCAGUUCUGGGAUCCCAGCUGUUACUUCUCCCAUACAGCCACUUGUCCUGCAGGCUGCCUUGUACACUAUGUGCUCAUCCCACUUAUAUGUGAUGUGCCUGCCUUAAGAAAGGUAGCCAGUUUUAUGGGUCACUCUGGUCACUCCUUCUGCUCUUUCUGUUGUCUGCAAGAUUCUGACAUCACAAAUUUUGAUGAGCAUGUUAGGCUGGCAACUAUGUGGUGGGAUGCACCCACAGAGAAUCUGGACAUCAUGAAGUACACAAUUUUGGAUGCAAUGCAUAACCUCUUCUUAGGUGACCUCAAGCGUCAUUUAGUCAAUAUAUGGAGGAUGACAUCGACAGCAGGCAAGACCCCCAAAGGAAUGAUUGACAUGAACCAGACCAUGUUACCUUCCUGGAUGGCUCAAGCACCAUGUAACCUGGGCAGUCCAAAUCAGGGUUAUGUAAAGGCUGAUCAGUGGCAGACAGCUUGUGAGGUCAAUCUAGUUAUCAUGUUUGUCUGGUUGUGGGGAAGGCUGGGUUCCAAGCAGGCACACAGGGCCUAUUUGGCAAACUUUCUGGCUUUGGUUAUGGCUGUUCACUGGGCCACAAAGCAAUCUACUUCUGAACUACAUAUGAAGCUAUAUCUUCACUCUCUUGUCAGGUUAUUUCCCCUGUCUGUCCUCAAACCUAAUCACCACCUCUCCCUUCACCUGGUUGAAUGUAUGCGACUUUUUGGCCCCACACAUGGCUGGUGGGCAUUUCCAUUUGAGCCAUACAAUGGAAUUUUAGGCAGUGCUAACACAAAUGGAAAGGAGGGUGUGUAG